GGCCCAAGCACAUGGGCCCAUCAUUCUAUGCUAGUGCCAAACCAGGCGCCUCAUCACAUCGACAACAACAGAGAUCGCUGUUAACACUAUGCGACUUUGCUCCCGAUUCCCGAAAUUCCCACCGUUCGCUGCGGAGUUGACUGAUGCGAUCACAAGUGCAGACAACCUACGCGUUUUGCAGCAAAAGAAAGCUUCGGAAAUAGUCGUCUGUAGUUCGGCUCUGGCGUCGGAUCUCGGCGGAUUAUGAUAUUACGUACCUUUCUGACUAUUCAAUCACUCGCAAGUUCAAAGAACAUUGAUCAAGAGGCGAAUUUUGUGAACUUCCUUGGAAAUUGCUCACCCUGAAUGCUACUGAGAUCCAUGUUGGCUGUGGAGUGAGCUUGAUAAACUUCAUCACAUGCAAUUAAGUUGAUCAUGAAGCGUUAUGUAUAUAUAAAUGAUGAUAGUCUAGCACAAGAUCUCUACUGUGACAAUCGUAUAUCAAACAGAAAGUAUACCAUAUGGAAUUUUCUCCCCAAAAAUCUAUGGGAGCAAUUCAGCCGAUUCAUGAAUCAGUACUUUUUGUUGAUUGCUUGCCUUCAACUGUGGUCUCUGAUUACUCCUGUGAAUCCUGCAAGUACAUGGGGCCCUCUUAUAUUCAUCUUUGCAGUCUCUGCUACAAAAGAGGCAUGGGAUGAUUACAAUAGAUAUCUCUCAGACAAGAAAGCAAAUGAGAAAGAAGUCUGGAUUGUGAGGCAGGGCAUCAGAAAGCUUAUUCAAGCCCAAGAUAUCCAUGUUGGAAACAUCGUGUGGCUGCGUGAAAAUGAUGAAGUUCCUUGUGAUCUUGUCUUGCUUGGUACCGCAGAUCCUCAGGGGAUUUGUUAUGUGGAGACCGCAGCACUAGAUGGUGAAACUGACCUGAAGACACGGUUGAUACCUUCUGCUUGCAUGGGAAUAGAUGUUGAGUUGUUGCACAAAAUCAAGGGUGUAAUUGAGUGCCCCACUCCAGAUAAAGAUAUUAGGAGGUUUGAUGCGAAUAUGCGACUUUUUCCUCCAUUUCUUGAUAACGAUGUCUGCCCCUUGACAAUUAAAAAUACACUUCUUCAAUCGUGCUACUUAAGGAAUACAGAGUGGGCCUGUGGAGUUGCUGUAUACACAGGCAAUGAAACCAAGCUAGGCAUGAGUAGGGGGGUACCUGAACCGAAGCUUACAGCUGUAGAUGCCAUGAUCGACAAAUUGACUGGAGCAAUAUUUGUUUUUCAGAUAGUUGUAGUUAUUGUUCUGGGCAUAGCGGGGAAUGUUUGGAAGGAUACAGAAGCAAGAAAGCUAUGGUAUGUUCGGUAUCCAACAGAAGGUCCUUGGUAUGAGCUCCUGAUCAUCCCUCUACGAUUUGAACUGCUAUGCUCCAUUAUGAUUCCUAUAUCUAUAAAGGUAUCCUUAGAUCUUGUUAAAGGCUUAUAUGCCAAAUUUAUUGAUUGGGAUGAUCAGAUGGUUGAUGUAGAAACAGGGACUCGGUCCCACGCAGCCAACACAGCAAUUAGUGAGGACUUGGGACAAGUUGAGUAUAUAUUGACUGAUAAGACAGGAACCCUUACUGAGAACAAAAUGAUCUUCAAAAGAUGUUGCAUAAGCGGAAGGUUUUAUGGGAAUGAAAAUGGGGAUGCUUUGACAGAUGCACAACUGCUUAAUGCUGUAUCCAGUGGCUCUACCGAUGUGAUUCAGUUUCUAAAGAUUAUGGCGAUAUGCAAUACUGUAAUCCCUGUCAGAAGUAAAAGUGGAGAUAUUUCAUACAAGGCGCAAUCCCAAGAUGAAGAAGCUCUUGUACGCGCAGCUGCUCGUCUGCAUAUGGCUUUUGUUAAUAAAAAUGGGAAUGUUCUUGACAUCAGUUUCAAUGCUUCACUAGUCCGAUAUGAAGUGCUAGACAUUCUGGAGUUUACUUCUGACAGGAAAAGGAUGUCUGUAGUUGUUAAGGAUUGCCAAAGCGGGAAAAUUUUCCUCUUAUCGAAGGGAGCAGAUGAAGCGAUUCUUCCUCAUGCUUAUGCGGGGCAACAGAUUCGGACUUUUGCUGAAGCUGUGGAACAGUAUGCUCAACUGGGUCUGCGGACAUUAUGCCUUGCUUGGCGCGAAUUAGACCAUGAUGAGUAUCAGGAAUGGGCAUCAAUGUUCAAAGAAGCUAAUAGUACACUAGUUGAUAGAGAGUGGAGAGUAGCUGAAGUCUGCCAAAGAUUAGAGCAUGAUUUUGAGAUUCUUGGUGUUGCUGCCAUAGAGGAUCGCCUACAGGAUGGAGUGCCAGAAACAAUCGAAACUCUCAGGAAAGCAGGAAUAAAUUUUUGGAUGCUGACUGGAGACAAGCAGAACACUGCUAUACAAAUAGCUCUUUCUUGCAAUUUUGUGUCCCCAGAGCCUAAAGGUCAACUUCUGAUGAUUAAUGGGAAAACUGAGGAUGAAGUAUGUAGGAGUCUGGAGAGGGUUUUGCUUACUAUGAGAAUCACAAAUUCUGAACCGAAGGAUGUAGCUUUUGUUGUUGAUGGCUGGGCUCUUGAAAUUGCCCUAAAGCAUUACCGUAAAGCAUUCACAGAGCUUGCAGUUUUGUCAAGGACAGCUAUAUGUUGCCGUGUUACUCCAUCACAGAAGGCACAGCUUGUGGAGCUUCUGAAAUCAUGUGAAUAUAGAACCUUGGCCAUUGGGGAUGGUGGAAAUGAUGUGAGGAUGAUUCAACAAGCUGACAUAGGAGUGGGCAUUAGUGGGAGAGAAGGGCUGCAGGCGGCAAGGGCAGCUGAUUAUAGCAUUGGAAAGUUCAGAUUUUUAAAAAGACUGAUACUUGUGCAUGGACGUUAUUCAUACAACCGCACAGCAUUUCUUUCUCAAUAUUCCUUCUAUAAGUCCCUGCUAAUAUGUUUUAUCCAGAUCUUUUUCUCAUUUAUUUCAGGUGUCUCAGGGACAAGUCUUUUCAACUCUGUUAGCUUGAUGGCUUAUAAUGUUUUCUACACUAGUGUUCCUGUUUUAGUCAGUGUUCUAGACAAAGAUCUUAGUGAAAGGACUGUAAUGCAGCACCCACAGAUACUGUUUUACUGCCAAGCGGGAAGACUUCUUAACCCUAGCACAUUUGCUGGAUGGUUUGGCCGUUCUCUAUUUCAUGCAAUUGUUGUUUUUGUCAUCUCAAUACAUUCCUAUGCUUUUGAGAAAAGUGAGAUGGAGGAGGUAUCGAUGGUUGCACUUUCUGGAUGCAUUUGGUUGCAGGCAUUUGUCGUUGCACUAGAGACGAAUUCUUUUACAAUAUUGCAACACAUUGCAAUAUGGGGCAAUCUGGUAGCUUUUUAUGUCAUCAACUGGAUUGUUAGUGCUCUCCCGUCGUCGGGGAUGUACACAAUAAUGUUUCGUCUUUGCAAGCAGCCAUCAUACUGGAUUACAAUGAUUCUUAUUGUUGCGGCUGGAAUGGGUCCUGUUCUUGCUCUGAAGUACUUCAGAUACACGUAUAGGUCGAGCAAAAUCAACAUACUUCAGCAGGCAGAACGAUUGGGAGGGCCAAUCCUGUCAUUGGGGAACAUAGAACCUCAGUCGAGAUCUUUGGAAAAAGAUCUCUCCCCUUUGUCAAUAUCGCAACCCAAGGGCCGCAAUUCUGUAUAUGAACCUCUUCUGUCAGACUCACCCAAUGCUACAAGACGAUCCUUUGGACCAGGAGCGCCAUUUGAUUUUUUCCAACCGCAAUCGAGAUUGGCCUCCAGUUACACAAGAAACUGCAAGGACAACUGAUGUUCAUGAUUCUUGAAGGAGAAGAAAUUACCCGGGAAUUAUGAUACACCUUCCAUCACGUUUCUUAAAUCAACGCAUGACUGUCUCGCUUCGGCUUUAAUUGCAAUUACUUGCGCAAAUUUUACAAACACCUGUAAUUAUUUAGCUCAAUAUUUCUUCUCCUCCUUCAUUUUAAACCUUUUUGGGUUUACAUGGAAAGUAUUUGUAUAUUCCACUGUCGUUUAUAACAGAGACAUCGGGGGGAUCCAAUUUUGGGAGAGAGUGAGUGAAGCGUAGUAGUUGGAACCGGAAAGAUGUCCUCCUUGCUAUAUUUGGAAUAAAUAAUCAGGUCGAUUCUUUGAAAUUA